AUGGCUGUGCCUCUCAAAACAACUCCGCAAAUCCGGGCCCUGGCACCUGAGCCGCCUGCUACCGUCUGCGUGCAGAACCUGCAUCUGACGCUGACGCACGCGGGACAUGAUGCUUGGGGUCGCGCAGGCAAGUCUCAGCCGUGCACUAUCUCGGUUGAAGUGGGUUUUGCGGAGCGUUUCUCUACGGCCGCCGCGUCAGAUCGGCUGGGAGAGGACACGGUGCACUACGGGACGCUGAGCAAAGUUGUGUUAGGGAGCGUGGCGCGAUUUGAGGAAGGGAGUAGGCAGCAUGCCUUAGGGCAGGGAGAACGCGGGCUGAUGCACGUGUUGGAACAUGUUUGGCGAGACUUGACGGGACUCAAGUUGGACGGAACUGAGGUGAAGGUUGCUGGGGAAACGCCAUUGAUCGAUAUUGCUAAGGUCCAAUUUUUGUCACUAACUGUAGGGCUACCUAAAGCAUCGCUCUUGGGCGACGGAGUGGCGCUUAGAGCCAGCGCAGUCGUGGAUCCCUCGUUACGGAGAGUCUCUGCGAGGGCGUUGGCUCUCGAAAUCACCCGGCUCAAGGUGCCAACCCUUAUCGGUGUGAACGCGAAUGAGAGGUUGGCCAAGCAGUUUGUUGUGGUAACAGUUACUAUUGAGAAAUUUGACCAGUCGGAGGAUAUUUACCCUGGGGUAGAGGCUGCUGUGGUCAAGGUCAGUUUUGGCUCUUACCUCGACGGAGAACGACUAUGGGGGUGCUGA